UGGGAGGUGGUGCUGUUGCGCACAAGCCGCUAACCCCUGCGCAAACUCCAGUUCAACUGCACGCACGUUCUGCGAUCGGACGUUAUGGAUAAUUGUCGACGCAGAGGUGAGCUCCAGGUGAUCUGCUCGGCAUAACACGGCUGCCGUUUCUGGCUCUGAAGUCUGCGCGCAGCGGAGGAUCACUUUUGGAGUCGUUCGCAGUGCGCUCCAGCCUGACACACGAUCUGGAGGACUGCUCGCAUCGUUUUCUCAAAGAGGAUUUACAACUUCACAACGGGAGGAAAUGGCCAGCGAGCGGAAACCCCGGCUUUGUAUCAUAGCUAAAGCGGAGGGUGGCUUUGGGUUUCACUUACAUGGGGAGAAAGGGAAGAGCGGACAGUUCAUCCGCAAAGUGGAGCCCGGCUCUCCUGCAGAAGCGUCGGGGCUGCGCGCUGGGGACCGUGUGGUGGCAGUGAAUGGGGUGAACGUGGAGAAAGAGACGCACCACCAGGUGGUUCAGAGGAUCAAAGCUUUGGAGAAUGAGACCAGGCUGCUGGUGGUCGACAACGAGACCCACGAGAGCCUGCGCAGCCUCCGCCUCACGGCCACGGAGGAGAUGGCCGUCCUCGGGGUCGGGCCUCCUUCCACCUCCUCCUCGCCCCAAGCCUCCCCCUCCCACCCCCCCUCCUCCUCUGUCCCCUCCACCCCGAGCAAGAAGCGGGAGAACGGCUCGGUGUCCAAGCAGCCGGUCGUAGCGAGCAACCAGGUGCAGAAGCCCACCAGGAGGUCCCCGUCCAAGGCUGCCAAGAAGGACGCUCCUGUCCAGGCCGAAGCGCUCUCCCAGUCCCAGCUUCAUCCCCAGUCGCGGCCCAAAGUGGAUCCGUCCGAGCUCGCCCCCCGGCUCUGCCACCUGGCUCGCACCGAGAUGGGAUACGGCUUCAACCUCCACAGUGACCGGUCCCGACCCGGACAGUACAUCCGCUCCCUGGACCCGGGGUCACCGGCGGAUCAUGCGGGGCUCCAACCGCAGGACAGACUGGUGGAGGUAAACGGUGUGAACAUCGAGGGCAUGCGGCACGCGGAGGUGGUGGCCUUCAUAAAGAAAGGUGGAGACGAGACCUGGCUGCUGGUGGUGGACCCCGACACAGACGACCACUUCAAGAGGAGGGGGGUCGUCCCUUCCGUCAGCCACAUCAAGGACUACGACGGUCCGUCCAUAUCCAACGGCUCCCCCAACCCUCAGAUGAACGGCAGCUCCACCACGCAGUCCAUGCGGUCGACGCGCUCCGACCUGAGCAGCCAGGGAAACAGCACACAGCUGGCGGAUGAGGAGGGCAACCGGCUGGACCCGUUUGCCGAGAUGGGUCUGAGUCUGAGCGCGACGGCAGCAGAGGAGAAGAUGAAGGUCCACUCCAAAGAAAAGAGGAAGGCGCCGCAGAUGGACUGGAUGAAGAAGUACGAGCUCUUCAGCAACUUUUAGGUCGUUCCUCUUUAACGACAGAGACGGGAGCUCGCCGCAGCCCUCUGCGUGGAAUGCGAUUGUGUCUGGAAGGACGUCCCGCUUACUUACACAAAUCAGAAACAGAACAACAGAGGAUGUUGACAAAUGGAAAAAAAGAAGUUGUUGGAUGGAUUUAACUUUUUAAAACCGCUGCAGAGAACCAGCUGCUUCUCCCUCUUCAAAGUGAUUACAGAUUGCGAUAUUCAAACUCUUUUCACUGGAGAGAGCAUCUUCUAUCAAACGGGAGUGUUGCAAAUAUAUUUUUCACAUAUUCUCCUAAAUCUGCAUCACUUUAUAUGAUCCUCCCAUCCUCCCACGCUGCAAGAGACCGGUUUCUAACAAAUGAAGGAGACGUGUAUUUUUAUAUGAAAAAAGGAUGAAUAACAAACAGAAGCCCGUCAUCAUCAUGUACUGCGUUUUUUUCAGAGUCAUAUGGACACUGUGACAUUAAUGAUUGUGGACAUGGUGGGGGUCAGACGAUCACUGUGAAGGAGGAGAGACAAUCCAGCACACACGCAGAGGACAGAGCGCCAUGUGGACUGUCCCUUUAAAAUGUAUAACACAUGCUUUUUUUUUUUUUUUUUACUCUCGUAUAGAGUUAAUGAACUGAUUAUCAGAUACGCCUUUACUUUACUCAACAAUACUUCAUGUUACAUGUUAUUUAGAACUCGUUUGUAUGACGUGUGUCACCACUAACCUCUUCUCCAGAAGUGCUCCAGAACGAAGGGAAGCACCACUAACUCUACGUCUUCAUACAGUAAAAAAAAGAAUGUAGAAGAAAGGAAGAUUUCUCAGGACAAACGAGUGUGUUAUGUGGAGACGGCUUCAUGUGUUCUAUAAAGGGUUAACCGCACCACAAAUAGAGGCCACACUUGUCCUGAAAGUGAACAGAGUGGAUGUUAAAGGGGACAUAUUAUGAAACAUCUAUUUUGACAGUGUUUUUCAACAUAUAUUUGGGUAACCUGAGUGUCUACAGACCAAGAAAAUGUGAAAUAAACCCAUCCAGUCCUUUUGUUUGUGGUCUGCAUAAGUCUUACAACACAGAGAAAAAUGCUCCGUUUCAAAUGUGCUCUCCUUGUGAUGUCACAGUGGGAUUCUGGUGAAAAAAAAAUCCCCUCCUCUCCCCUGGUAUCUCCACCCAUGGACUCCACCUCCAGCCUAGAGCAAAACUUUUUGUGCAGGUCCGCCAUUUUUAUUCUCGCUAGUGAAGGAGUGAUGUCUACUGGGAAAACUCAGGGGGGGGGGGGGGGGGGGGUCAUUGCAUUUAAAGAGACACACACACCAAAACGGAGUGUUCUGAGAGAGCUGGUUUAUACAGGGUCACAAACCUCCUCUGGUGCUUGAUUCAUGGUAUAUUUGGACCAAAGCACAGCACAGAUGUUUCAUUUAGACCACAGGGGACUGUUUGAAAAGGUGGAGAAGGGGGAUGAUAUGUCCUCUUUAAAUCAGCUGUUAGGUUGACACUGAGUCCGACUGAGACUCAGUUAGGAAGAGAAACUUCAUGUCACUUUGCUUUCAUCGUCUCAAACGUAUUACAUCUUGUUGUGGCUCGCUACAUUAUAUGAAAGUUAAUUACAGUUUUUAAAUGUAACAAUAGUUUGGCAUAAAACUUCCUGUAAAUCUACAAUUUGUGACGUCUACAUUCAUCUGACUGAACAAGCAAGAUGUGAAUCGAGCUUUUGAGGUGCUAGAAGGAAGAUUUGUUUUUAUUUGAAGAAAUUAUUUUUGGCCGUUGUGCCGUCACUCGAUGGUUAGGCAGAAGAGAGACAGAGAAGAUGUCUGUGAGAGGAUGAUGUUCAGCAAAGGACCUCAGAGUCUGAAUUGAACUGGGCUGCUGUGAUUGGUGAGCCAGGUGAGCUACUGUCCUACCUGAGAAUGUAUUUGGAAGUGGUUUGAGAGCAAAGUGUGGAAAGAAAAGUAAAAAUCUGAAAGAGUAUGCAAUCUUUUCAAAAUGCAAUCCGACUUCAAAUGUUUAUUUUUUUGUUUAUUUUUUUUAUUCCAAGUGAAAUAAAAGUGAUUCAAAUGUAUUACUGCAAAAAAGAAAACAUGCCUGCAAAAAAAAUCAUGUUUGCAAUUAAAACUGCUUUGUUAGCAUUUCCCCCAAAAUGUAAUUUGAAAUCCAGAAGUUUUGUUUUCGACAGAAAUUAAAGUUUGCACCAUUUCUUCAUCUACUUUGACCACAUUGAGCGACUAGUCAUCCACCUUUUUUCUAUACUUUCCUACUCUUCUAUCCAGCUCCAAAGACGGUGAAUUUUGCAGAGGUAUCACUCUGAUCAAAACAGACCGUAAAGGACAUGUCCUACAUCUUUAGACACAAAUCCAAAACCGAGAGAUUCAGCUCAACUGCAAGAAAAAUCCAAACAUAUUUUAUUUAAAUUGCAGGAGCAUUUUUUUAAUCGCAGUAUUAAUAUAUUACUGUCAAAUGAUUUUUUUUGCUUGCAUUUUCGAGAGUUUGGCUCUCAAACCUUUUUGAGUUUGAUAGUUUUCAUUUUUACCACCCAGACAUCAGAAUCACACAGAGAUCUGCUCGUUUAACUUUUUAACCAGAAAACCAUAAACAAAAUGUUGUGUUAUUAAUAAAUGUAACGAUGACCAGGAAGGAAAGCGCGAAGGCUCAUUGGUGCAACAAGCAUAUUUGCAGCUAUGGUUAUCAAAGUGGGACUGAUACGAUGUGAUCAGAGAAGGUGCAGGAGGAGGAGGAGGAGGAGGUCAGAGACGCUCUGGAGGAUCUAUGAGAGGAGACAGAGGGAGCCAUGGAGCUAACUGAGGAUUAUUACACAUACAGAGACAGCGGCCACACAUUCAGAGCACAAUGUGUGUGUGUGUCUGUGUGUGCAGAGAAGGUGUACACACAGCAAUAAAGCAAUGUAAAAAAUGGGAUCGUCAUAAGUGAGUCUGCACUCAGUCAGAGAAAUGUCAGUCGUCCUCUUCGUUGUUAUUCUGUCUUUUUUGUACUCUCCCUGACUCUGUAUUUUCGCACAGUACAAACUCUGUUACCAUGUCUGAUGUAUAUACAGUUAUAUCAUACAGAAUAUAUGGAAGGUUGCAUAUUUUUCAAUAAAGUGUGACGGCAUUUUUUGGAAUA